CGAAGACAACCCGAAGGAGGUAAAGAAAAAAUUUUGCUUGAUUUGUUUUCAUUUUCUUCUCUUGGUUUAUUUUCAUCGCAAUUUUUCACGCUUUUUCCGCUGAAUUCUGCUGAACUUUCACCACAAACACCAAGUCCCUGCAAGUUCGUGGUGUCUUUGUUCUUUCAAGGAGGUAUAAGUGAAGUUUUGUUUGGAGAAAAACGUCCGGAAAUGGAGCCAAUGGACAUUUAUAGUGUGGAACAGAAGCUGAGCGAUGUGACUGUGACCCCAAUACCUAUGGUUAGGCCAUCACAGCACACCCCACAGCCUGCUACGGCUCACUUCCAGCAGCCACAGAUUAAUCAUGGGCACGUCGUAUCUUCUACGGUCCCACAAGCAGCUCCAUCUACCUCCGUGUCCGCGACACCCAUGGCAUCCGGGCCAUCCGGGAGUGGUUCUCAGGUACCCGUAGGACCCACCAGUACGUCGGGUAUGUCCAAAUAUGCCCAACUUCUGGCCGUGAUUGAGGAAAUGGGCAGAGACAUACGACCCUCAUACUCCGGGAGUCGCUCAUCAGCUGAACGUCUCAAACGAAUUAUCGUUCAUGCGCGUAUCCUUGUCCGGGAGUGCCUGCUGGAGACGGAGAGAUCAGCCAGGAACUAAGGGAGAGAGAUGCAUUCGGAACCUGUGUACAUUUCCACAAGAAAAUAAAACGUGUAUUGCCAUGGCGCCAAAAAAACUUCCCCAAAGAUGAGGGCGACCGGAAGCUGAGAUAGGGCAUCAAUUUAAUUAAGUCCCAUGGAUUUUACCUACAAUACCAUUUUGUAUGCCCCGUAAUCAUUUUGCUGAUGAUCUCUGGGGCAUUUGACACCUGAUAGACGUAAACGUGUUAAAUGUAAUAAAGAGUCCGUGAAAUCAAGA